AUGUCGGCCGGGCCGAUAGUCGAACGCAAUCAAGACGCCACUAUUUAUGUGGGUGGUCUUGAUGAAAAAGUGUCGGAAUCAAUAUUAUGGGAAUUAAUGGUUCAAGCGGGACCUGUCGUCAGCGUUAACAUGCCAAAAGAUCGAGUAACAGCGAAUCAUCAAGGAUUUGGAUUUGUUGAAUUCAUGGGCGAAGAGGACGCCGAUUAUGCCAUCAAAAUUCUGAACAUGAUCAAAUUAUACGGAAAACCAAUAAAGGUGAAUAAAGCAUCAGCUCAUGAGAAAAAUAUGGACGUCGGCGCGAACAUUUUCGUCGGAAAUUUGGAUCCAGAAGUCGACGAGAAAUUGCUUUAUGACACUUUCAGCGCAUUUGGUGUUAUUCUGCAAGUCCCAAAAAUUAUGAGAGACGUGGAUACCGGAAGCUCAAAGGGUUUCGCUUUUGUCAAUUUCGCUUCCUUUGAGGCCUCUGAUGCCGCCUUAGAAGCUAUGAACGGGCAAUUCUUGUGUAAUCGAGCCAUUACCGUUUCUUAUGCGUUUAAGAGGGAUUCGAAGGGUGAACGCCACGGAACCGCUGCUGAAAGAAUGUUGGCCGCUCAGAAUCCGCUAUUCCCCAAAGAUCGUCCUCAUCAAGUCUUCUCGGACGCCCCGUUGGGAAUCCCGGCGAACACGCCAUUGGCGAUGCCGGGUGUUCAUGCGGCCAUCGCCGCCGCCGCUUCCGGUCGUCCAACAUUCCAGCCGCCGCCGCUGAUGCCAAUGGGAAUGCCGCCACCAAUGGCGUACGCGGGCGCCGGCUAUCCGCCAGUGCCGCCGCCGCCUCCGCAAACCGUCACACCAAUGCCGCCGCCAAUGCCACCAACGCCAGGAAUGACGCCGAGACCGCCACCGCCGCCAUCGUCGGGAAUGUGGGGCGCCGGUGGUGUGCCGCCGCCGCCACCGCCAGGAAGAACACCAGGAAUGCCGCCACCACCGCCGCCACCAUCGGCGUCGAGAUUCGGACCGCCCGGAAUGCCACCAAUGCCGCCAGGCUUGGUGCCACCGCCACCACCAGGAAUGCGAGGAUUUCCGGGAGGAAUGCCACCGCCGCCGCCACGCUUCGGCUCCACAGGUCCCGGCGCCUAUCCACCACCACCCCCGCCAAGUCGACCACCAGCGCCACCAUCAGUGGGAGGUGUGCCACCACCACCACCGCCAUCCUAA